CUUCUUACAUUAACUCUUCCCGCAGCCACUCCCAUUUUCUCUCGCUCCCUCUCAUUCCAACACCGCCGCCAUGGCCGCGAUCGCGCAUCUGAGAGCGGUUGCGCGGCCACUAAAAUCCCUCCGCCUCCUUUCUCACCGCGCUUUCGGAUCCGCCGCUGCGGUCCAGUACCACUCCGACGAAGAGGACGACGAGCUCGAUCACCGCUUGCCACGUAGCACUCUCGACACGGAGGGUUCGGCGCCGGCGCGUGGAGUUCAGUGGGUGAUGAUUGGUGAGCCUGGCACCAAGAGACACCUCUUCGCCGAGAAGCUCUCGAAGCUUCUCGAAGUUCCUCACAUUUCCAUGGCCUCGCUCCUCCGCCAGGAGCUUAACCCUCGUUCCUCGCUCUACCAGCAGAUAGCGAAUGCUUUGGAUCAAGGAAAACUUGUCCCUGAGGAGAUUAUUUUUGCGCUGCUAUCGAAGAGGCUGGAGGAUGGAUACUAUAGAGGUGAAACUGGAUUCAUUCUUGAUGGAAUCCCUCGAACGAGGAUCCAAGCUGAGAUUCUUGACCACAUUGCUCAUGUUGAUCUAGUGGUGAAUUUUAAGUGUCCGCAAGAGGAUUUAGUGAAAAAGAAUCUAGGAGCUCGAAAAUUAUCUUCUUGCCAAGAAUAUGUUUUUAUGAACAGCUCCUGGACCCUGAACAAGCUAUCACCGAAUGAACAUGUCCACAAUCAUGCAGAGGAGUGCAAGAUGUUGGAAGAUUACUACAGGAAGCAGAAGAAACUUCUUAAUUUUGAAGUAGCAGGUGCACCUGGAGAAACAUGGCAGGGACUUCUGACUGCGCUGCAUCUCAAGCAUAUUAAUGCUCUUAGUUCUUCACAGAAGUUGACUGCUUGAAGGGCCAUCAAUCUUUUGUGGCACCUAUCCCUUGUCGGCAUUAUAGAUAUGUGAAUAUGAGCCAGAAUUUGAUGGAAAUUUUGUGAUGAUAGUAAUUUUAAAAAAUUUGAGAAUGUUGUUAGUUUGUUCUGUAGUGUAGCAGUCUUAAAGUAAGAAUCCAUACACAUUGUAUGACCACCACUAAUGCCUACUAGUGAGGUCUUUUUUUGUUUAGGUUGUGUCCCCAAUUUGUCUUUUCUGGUAAACUUUGCCUGGUCCCAGUCCCAGCGAAGGACACUUUAUAUUGGCUUUCAAGUAUAAGCAUAUGGUGUUGUAAAACUUUAGGAAUUCAAGAUAUUUUUUGUUAGGCUUCUGUCACAGAUACUGUUUGGUGUACCUCAGUCUAGUUAUUUUACUAGAUCCGAUGAGGUUCUUCGUAGAUUUGCAUUCCAUUUGGUCAGAAGACCCAAAUUAUUUGUUUUUCUUCCUUUCA